GUCGGCGACGUGGCAGCGGGGCGGCGCGGAAGCCAUCUUAGCGCGGGACACACGCUCCUCUGGUCUUCCUUGUCCCCCGAAAACCGGAUCCCCGCGCGGGACCCCCGACCCGGGCCCCGACCUCGACCCGCGUGUGCAGCAGCUGCGCAGGCGCUCGCUCUGACCCAGCGCACCAUAACUGAGGGAAAAUGAUGGAAGAAAGUGGAAUCGAGACAACUCCGCCUGGAACCCCUCCCCCGCAUGCUGCAGGCCUGGGUGCCACGCCCUCCACUGAGGCUCACCUAGCUGCAACCAGUUCCUUCUCAUCUCCCAGUGUGUCCGGGAUGGAGUCUCUGCCACCACAUGCGUAUUCCACGCCUCAGCCCCCGCUGCCCCCUGUGCAGCCAUCAGCGCCACCGCCCUUUGUGCCCUUAUCUCCAGCUCCUUCCGUCCCCCUGAGUGGCACUUCUGUGCCGCCGUCCAUGUCUCCAUCGCCUGCCACUGCCUUCAGCGGCCCUCCGAUGUCCCACUUCCCACCUGCGACCUCUGCCUCGGGUGCUCUUCUGUCUGCACCGCCUUCGGGGCCUCCGAUAUCAGGGUUUUCUGUCGGUACAACUUAUGACAUCACAAGAGGACAUGCCGGGAGGGCGCCCCAGACACCUCUGAUGCCAUCAUUUUCUGCACCCCCGGUUACAGGUAUCUUGCCAACCCCCAUUACUCAGCAAGCCAGUAUGACAUCUCUGGCACAGGGACCUGGAACCACAUCAGCCAUUACUUUCCCAGAGGAACAGGAAGAUCCUAGAAUUAACAGAGGCCAGGAUGAUGCACCUGCUGGUGGGAUCUGGGGUUUUAUUAAGGGCGUGGCUGGGAAUCCUAUGGUGAAGUCUGUCCUGGAUAAGACCAAGCAUUCUGUAGAAAGUGUGAUCACGACGCUGGAUCCUGGCAUGGCUCCAUAUAUCAAAUCUGGAGGUGAACUGGAUAUUGUUGUAACCUCAAAUAAAGAAGUGAAAGUGGCAGCUGUCCGAGAUGCCUUCCAGGAGGUCUUUGGCUUAGCUGUGGUUGUUGGGGAAGCUGGGCAGUCCAAUAUCGCCCCACAGCCAGUAGGGUAUGCGGCUGGAUUAAAGGGCGCCCAGGAACGCAUCGAUAGCCUGCGGAGGUCUGGAGUGAUCCACGAAAAACAAACUGCGGUGUCAGUAGAAAACUUCAUUGCCGAGCUGCUGCCUGACAAAUGGUUUGACAUUGGCUGCUUGGUGGUUGAAGACCCCGUGCAUGGCAUCCGCCUGGAAGCGUUUACCCAAGCCACACCAGUGCCUUUGGAGUUUGUGCAACAGGCACAAAGCCUGACUCCCCAGGACUACAAUCUGAGGUGGUCAGGCCUGCUGGUGACAGUGGGCGAGGUCCUGGAAAAGAGCUUGCUAAAUGUCAGCCGGACUGAUUGGCACCUGGCUUUCACUGGCAUGUCUCGCCGACAGAUGAUCUACAGUGCAGCCAAGGCUGUGGCAGGCAUGUAUAAGCAGCGGCUGCCACCCAGGCCCAUGUGAAACCAGCUCCUGGGACACAGAGACCUGCCAUCGUCACCUUGGGCUCCGGGUCAGAGGAAAUUGAGUAGCUUCCAUGAAUCCAACAGUUUUUACGAUCUUCCCGUAGGCAGCAAUCCUUAAAAAAAAAAAAAAAUUUUUUUUAAAUAAAGGCACAGUGUCAUUCCAGUAAAACAAAAGAAAUAGAUCCUCUUUUUAUUGUCAUAAUUCCAUACGUUCUGGUUCUCAAAAAACAUACACAAAUAUCGUUACAGCACAAUUCAGUAUGCCAAAUUUAUAAAGUGGAGAUCUGAGUUCACAUAUUUGUUGAUUUGUUCUUGACUCUUCUGGUUUCUUAAUAUGUAAUGGGAUCUGUGUGUGCUCACUCUCUCGUGAGGGCUUGUUUCCUGUCAUCUGUGUGUGUACACGACCUCAGUCAUGGUCAGCAGAGGACCUUACAUGCUUUCUGGGUGGGUGUGCACAGUGUUUUACAGAAUGUGGGCCAAAUUAACAGAAUGGAUAUUUUUUGUCAUUAUGUACAUGAAUAGUUUGGAAGUUAUACUUGUUCUUUUUUGUUUUAAAUUUUGGUAUUUUACAGAUUUAUAUUAUGAACCUUAGAAAAUAAUGUUUUAUUUUUUCAUCGCUAUCUAAAAACUAAAGGACAGAUCAAGUAUAUCUUAGAUCAGAAAUGUAUUUGUGUUUUUAUUUUUAUUUUUUAUCUUGUUCAUUUUCAUAUAUUGGUGUUUGCUUGCCCUUGCGGCUGUGUACCAUGUGUGUGCAGUGCCCACGGAGGCCAGAAGAGGGCGGCAGAGCUCUGGAACUGGAGUCACAGCUGGUUGUGAGCUGCCCUGUGGGUACUGGGAAGGAACUUGACUUCUCUAGAAGAGCUGUCAGCGUUCUUAGCCACUGCCACAUCUCUCCAGCACCCCCCACCCCCAUGUUACUUUUAUAUCAUCAGCUCUCACAACAGGUCUUCCUGCACCCACUCACGUCCUGCAGACUGUAAGAGGAAUCCUCUUCUUUUGGGAUGGUAUUUUUUUUUUUCAACUAAAGCUUUUUUAUUAUUUGAGAAUUUCAUCAAUGUGUUCUGAUAACGUUUACCUCCCACCCCA